CAGUAAUUUAACCUUGCAAAUUACACAAGAUUGCUUACAUGGAGAUCUAAGAUCAUGCCACGUAUUGAGUUGCAAAAGACAGCAAUUUUGUGUAGUAGAAAACCAUAGCUGACUCUCUGAAGUCGGAAUUCUUUUUAGCACCUAAUUGUUGGGCAGCAAAAUAGAUUAAGACCAGAGGUUUUAACAUUUAAGCAAAAGGGUUUAGAGUUCUUUGCUUGAAAAUAGAGAAAGGAAUAUAAUUUAUAGAAACAGAAAAGAGAAAGUGCGUAAAAUUUGAAUCUUUAUAAAAGAAUGGAGAGUAGUAGCAGUAACAGUAACAGUAAUAGCAUUGUAAUGACGAAUCAAAGAAAGCCUUUACCAGGAAUCAAAAUAGAGAAUCCCUUUACUUUCAAAAUUCUUCAAGUAUUUACUGGCUUUGGCUUUGGCUGUGGUGUUGGUAUUGGUGUUGGCAAACCCAUGAAUUUAGGUGCAUUACCAAUGGUAGGCCAAGUUAUGAGUGCAACCAGAGGUGCAACUGAUGCCUUUUCUGGUGCUAGCAGGCAUGUAAAUGAUGCUCUGCGGAAGAUGGGAGCUAAGAGAAUUGAAGUAGGCGCUGGGUGUGGAAUUGGUUUUGGAUAUGGCUUCGGAGUUGGUCUUGCUGUUAAACCUGGGGUGGUGCAGAAGAUUCAAUUCUAUCUUAUGGAAGUGAUAACAAAGAUGAUGACAAAAGUCGGAAUGUCUCCUAAUUUAUCAAUUAGUCAAGGUGGCUUUCCAAUGUCUAUGCAAAGUGGCAUAAGCACUUUGAGUGGACCCUUAAUCCAAAAUCCGUUGGGAAGUAUUACACAACUGGCACCACAAUUACCAGAUCAAACAUCUCAAAGCAUGCAUGGAUUUGGAAACAUGAGUCCACGCCCAAGCUAUGGAAACUCCGCAUCAAUAAGCAGUCUAGGGGACACACCUUUUGGCAGUCGAACAGAAAAGGUUCUUAGCAGUUUUCUACAGAAUUCUAUGCUGAAAGAAGACAACACUAACCUAGAUGAAGUGGUGUUGAAACACCAGAAAGUCAUUGAAGAGCUUAUGGAGGAGAAUGAGAAGCUUCGUCAGAUACUGAUGGAAGACCUGAAAAUAUCACCCAGCAAGUUCCAAUCCAGCUACUCAACUAGAACUAAAUCUACAUGUGCUGAUUGUUUCGAGUGUCGAAGAAAACAACGAAAAAGUAGAGGAAGAUAACUAGCCUUUUUACAGGAUACUGCAUUUUACUUCUUGAUCACUAAGAUUUUAAACAAUGCCCUUGAAGAUCAAUUAUCAGGAGCCAUCAAUUAUGCUUGGAAGAUUAGAAUACAAAGAUAGACGCAUAUCUGACUUCCAAACAAAUUGAUUAAGUUGGUUAAGUAUCAAAUAUACAGAGUUGGAGAGCUUCUGUAGGGGAUGCUAAAAGGUAAUCUAACCUUUCUUUCUUUUUCUUUUUCUUUUUCUUUGGGAGGUUUCUUUUCUCUUACACAUGUUCUUUUUUUUUGGUAAUAUAUGUCUUUUACACAUAUUUGAUAAGCUAGAACUCUGUAAAGAGACCCUUUUUUUCUUUUCUGCAGUCAAGUAACUGUGAUUCAAUUUAAUUUUCUCCAUGUGUGAUGCAACAUUAAUUUCUUGAUCUGCUUUCUGUUUUCCUCACUUGAACAUUUGUAUUUCUA